AUGUUUUCAUUAGGAGUACAAAGUAGACUUUUCACAAGAAGGACUUUAUUUUCUGGCUUCAGAUUCAAUUCAACUACUUCUACAACUUCAACACAACCACGUUUAACAUGGGUCGAUUAUUUCCAAUUAAAGAAACAAAAUAAUAGAAUCAAUACUAUUGCUGGAGUAUUUACUGGGUUAGGGGGUGCCUUUAUUACAUUGAGCUAUUUAGGAAAUAUUGAAAUUGAUGUGGAAAAACCAAUUAUGGGAUUUGAUCCAUUGAUGGUUAUGGGUGGUGCAGUCGUAUUAGGUGGUUUAGUGGGGUUUUUGGUUGGACCAUUCAUUGGAUCAUAUGUUUUCCGUUUAACUAAUAGAUCUCAAUUGAAACAAUUUGAAAUUAAGAAUAAAGAAUUUUUAUACAGGCUUAGAAUAAAAAGACCAGAUCCAUCAUCACAAAGUUUUUCUAAUCCAAUUCCAGAUUACUAUGGUGAAAAAAUAUAUUCAUUAAAGGAUUACAAACAAUGGUUAAGAGAUUGUAAUGCAUUCAGAAGAAAAUCAAAGGAAUUCCUUUAG